AUGUCAGGACAACCUCACGUGCCACAAAGGAAAGUAUCCCAGCGCCUCAAGGGAAAUGUUGUCCAACACAUCUUCUUCCGUGGAAAGAAUGCGCGGGCAACGAACGAGCGUUCCACGCAGCUAUUCUCGACCAUUGCGGGUCUUGAAGACCUGGUCGACCCGCUGCAGUGUCGUCCUAUGUACAGUGGGCGGGACCUUGAAUUCUACGAAAGAUUAGCUGUUGAAAACCAUGUACGCGAUAUUUUCUUAGAAGUGUGCAAAUUACCCCCGGCCCGGCGGCGAUUUCGUCUUGGUGAUGGUGUCUGGUUCGAGAGUCAUACCAAUGCCUUGGAGGAAGGCUAG